CGAAAUCCUAUAAAAAAAAAAAAAUAAAAAAACCAAACAAGUAGUUAGUCAGUUAAAACCUUUAAAUUAAUCAAAAUAAACCAAUUAACCAACCAACCAAGCAACAAAAAAACAGCAAAAUAAUCCAUCCAUUUUAUAAUUGUAUCUAAUUGCUAUAUAUCCUGUGUAAUUUACCUCGAUUUUUAACUUGAGCUGCUGGUGUUGCUGCUGCUGCUAAUUGUAUUCUUAUUUUGCACUCUUGAUUUAUUGUUUGUGUAUUCUAAAAGCCACACAAAAUUGUUUGUUUGUAAAAUAACAAAAAGAAACACCUAAACCAAACAAAAUAAAAGUAAAAUAAAGAAAAAAAGAUUUUGUAUUUUGUUCUAAUAAAACGAAAGUGUUGUAUGGUUGCUAAUUAAUUGUAUAUCCUUACUCACUAUACUGCCACCAUCUGUCUAUCUAUCACACAUACAUACAUACACAUAUAUAUAAAGUAUUUGUAUAAGUAAAAAAAAAAAAACAAAAACUCAUCGACGUCAUCGUAAUCGUCAUAGCCAUCGCUAUCGCACAUCACCAUCAUCAACAACUUGAACAUCAUUAUUAUUGUACGGAUACACCAGAGGCAAUAGACCAUAAAGCAAUAUGCCUGACACCAUCUCAGUUAUAGAUCAUAAAAGAAUCAAUGAAGAUAUGAAUAACAAGGCUUCAACUUGUGGCAAACUUCUUAUAUGCCUCUCAGUGGUCCUGGUCAUUUUGACGUUGCCCUUCAGUUUGUUUGUUUGCUUUAAGGUGGUUCAGGAAUAUGAACGAGCAGUUAUCUUUCGUUUGGGUCGUUUAAUGCAGGGUGGUGCCAAAGGACCAGGUAUUUUCUUCAUACUGCCUUGUAUAGAUUCGUAUGCCAGAGUAGAUUUACGUACCAGAACUUAUGAUGUACCACCACAAGAGGUCUUAACAAAAGACAGCGUCACUGUGUCAGUGGAUGCUGUUGUCUAUUAUCGAGUUUCGAAUGCAACAGUCUCCAUAGCAAAUGUUGAAAAUGCUCAUCAUUCUACACGUCUAUUGGCACAAACAACUCUACGUAACACAAUGGGCACACAGCAUUUACACGAGAUUCUAAGUGAACGUAUGACAAUUUCCGACACUAUGCAGGUACAAUUGGAUGAAGCUACUGAUGCUUGGGGCAUUAAAGUGGAACGUGUUGAAAUCAAAGAUGUACGUUUACCCGUCCAACUACAAAGAGCCAUGGCUGCAGAAGCUGAGGCAGCACGAGAAGCUCGUGCUAAGGUAAUAGCUGCAGAGGGUGAACAGAAAGCUUCUCGAGCCUUAAGAGAAGCAUCUGAAGUAAUUGGUGAUUCACCUGCCGCUUUGCAAUUACGUUAUUUACAGACUCUUAGUGCUAUUUCGGCCGAAAAGAAUUCAACAAUUGUUUUCCCCUUGCCCAUUGACUUAAUAACAUAUUUCUUAAAGUCAAACGAUGCUGAAACAAUACAAACAGCCGCCAACACCGCACAAGUUAUAGCCAAAAGGGAUCGCGACCGAGAGGAGGAUGAAACAGCAUUGGCAGCAGCUAAAGCAGCAGCGGCUGUUGCACCAGCCUCUAGCAAUACUCUACCAUCUGGCAAUUCUAUAAAUAUUGCCAUGUAAAUUUUACCAUAAAAUCUAAAAUAAAAAACAACAGCAGACAUUGUAAACAACCAACAACAAAACAAACAAAAAAUACAUCAUAUAAGCAACAGUAACAACAAUACAAAUACAGCAACCAACAACAAUAAAUACAAAAGAGAUGAUGGCAUUUACUUAUACAGAGGAAUAUAAAUAAAAAUGAAAACAAAAACUUAAACAUAACAAAAUUUAAAGCAAAAAAAGUAAAAUGAAAAAAUUAAGAGUCAAAAAAUUAAAAUAAUAAAGUAUGUAGAGUAUACAGUACAUAAAGCAGCAAACAAUAAUAAUACUAAAGAAUAUAAUAAUGAAGAAAUUUAAUCAAAUUUUAUUGAAUUCAUAAAAUAUUUAAAGUUCAUUAAAUUAUACGUAUUUUAUGUUUGUAACAUUAAUAACUCAUUAGACGGCUAAAGUCAAAGUAUAUUUUUGUUAUUUUAAAAGAUUCGUUAUGCACAGUUCUAGUUCUAGUUCAGUUCUAGUU